AUGCAUAAACAGUCCAAUAGACUCACGAAUCUAGAAGAAUAUCUGGCUGUGUCUCUUCUCAACUCAAUCCAAUGGGCCAGUAGCACCCUCCGCCUAGCCUUGGGUCUAAGACGUAGAGCUGAGCGACUGCGGCGGCGAAGAGACGCCGGUGGCCUGGCCGUGGGUCCCUACAGGCAGUCCCAGCCCAGCUCCUUCAACCACGUGAAGAUGGGCUUUGUCAUGGGUUGUGCUGUGGACAUGGCGGCUGGGGCGCUGUUCGGCACCUUCUCCUGUUUCAGGAUCGGAAUGCUGGGUCAGGAGCUGAUAGGCGGCACUGGGAAAACCAUGAUGCAGGGUGGCAGCACCUUUGGCACAUUCAUGGCCAUUGGAAUGGGCAUACAAUGCUAA